AUGAAAUAUUAAUCAUUGAGUAAUGAUAUUAGGAGAGUAAAGCUAAUUGAAAAGAAUAAGGAAGAUUAGUUGAAUAAGCUAAUAAACAAUAUUGGAUAAGAAAUCUAAUAAAAGUAACCAUUUUCAUUAUAUAAUUAGCAUAGAUGAUCCGUAUAAAUAUUUAAUCAAAAGAAAUUAUUCAAUUGAAGAUAGAACUAUAAAAAAAAGAGACAAUGUUUAAUAACGCAGACCAUAAGGGAGUAUGUCCAUUGCUGAAAUUUGGACAAAGAAGAUGAAAAAGUAAUGUGAUAAAAUUUUAGAGGAGAUGAAAAAAAAAUAAAAUAAAUAAAUGUAAAUCUAAUCAAUAAAUAGACUCGAUUUAUCAAAAUAAUAAUCAAUAGAUAAUAGAUAGAUAGAAGAAUCUAUAUAAUGUAUAAAAUUAUUUUAUAUAUGUUAGCCCCAUAAAAUGCAAGUGUUAUUAUAGAAUAGUUGGGACUUAAAGCUUUAAUGGGUAAAUCUAAAUACAAAAAUAAAAACAAAUAAAUUGUUUAGUCCCCACAACAAAAAUCACUAUCUUAAUCUUAAAUUGUGAAUCAAUCAAUUGAACCUAUCAGAAAUAGAUUUGCUUCCAAUUUUAAUUUUGAGCCUAUCCAAUAUUCUCCUAUUAAACAAUAUCAUCAUAACAGUUAAAGUACCAGUAGUAGUACAAAAAAUUUGUAUAAUGUAAUAAUAUUAGUAAUAGAAUCAAUAGCAACUUUAGAAAGUACAGUAUUAAUAAUGAAAUUAAAAGAGAAGUUAAUAAAUGCAUAAAUGAAUGCGAUUCAUUAAUUCAAAAUUAUAAAGAUGUUGAUAAGUAUAAAUGAAUAAUUAAAUUUUAUAGAAAGUUGAGAUAGCCAUAGAAAAGCCGUUUAGAUAUAUUUGUUGAAAAAUAGAGGAAAGAAGCAUUAGAAGAGCUAAUAUUUAUUGAAAGAAAUAAACCUAAAAAAAUAUAUUGA